UCGGCACGACGGAAACAUUUAAUCGUCACAACUAACUAGACAUACCCGGAAGUUGCAUCAAAAUAGCAAGUUUGUAGAAAAUCCACGUGUGGUGGAGUAUUGUUGCAGUUGAAAAUGGCUAAAAAUGGAAAGUUCAAUAGGCCUAAAGGACCUAAACACAAACCUGGAUCCAAAAAGAGGGAAAAUAAGUGUAUAGUCAUGUUCGAUGAGAAAAACCGACAGGAGUAUCUGACUGGUUUCCACAAGAGGAAAAACGAGAGGAGGAAAGCAGCCGUGGAGGAGAUAAAGCAGAAGUUGAAGGAGGAACAGAAGAAAGUCAGGGAAGAUCGACACAAAGAGUACUUGAAAAUGCUGCAAGAACGACACGAAGCUCUUGAUGAUGCUGAGGAUGAACUGGAGGAUGCAAUCACUGGGACCACAGAAUCUGUUCAGUAUGACCAUCCAAACCACACAGUUACCGUGACGACCAUCAGUGACCUUGACCUAACCAGGUCUCAUCUUUUUGGUGGGGAGACGCAUCAGAAUGAAGAUAACAGCGAUGCAGAGGAUGGCGCUGAAGACAAUGAUGCGGUGAAGUCACUCCCUAAGACAGCUGGCCAGCCUCUCCUAUCGAAAAAGAUCAAGUCCCUGACGGCCUCGCUCAACAUGUUCAGCAAGAAGCCGCAGAAGAAGAAGAGGAAGGGGAAGCAGGAAGACGGGGGACGAGGCCGAGCCAGGGUGCCCGACAGGAACUUGACUGGCAGCAACAACAAGAAGCGCCUGGGCAAAACCACCAAGACCCAGAGGCGCAGGCGGACGGGCGGCAGGAAUCGGAACCAAGAUUAAAACGUGUGUGUGUGUGAAUCAAUUAUUUGUGGACUAUUGGAAGACCUGCCAGUGAACUUCCUUUGAUGGACUGAGCUUUCUUUUAAUAUACACGUGUAUGUGUCUCUGUGUUUCUCAAAUGCAAGAAUAUCGACUGUGUUCAUGAGAAAGGUGUUAAGAGAUUAGAAGUUGUUGAUUUUAGUGUUUGGUUGCCCGUUUUCUUACCUGAACCACACAAGUUCAAACUUGCAUACGCCAGUACAGAAGGGAUUGUUUACUGCCCGCCACAGCCCUUCAUGUGUGGUGAAGAUGAGUACCCAUUUGACCCUUGCCAGGAAAGUGUCAGUGUCAUUGAUUGAGGAUCACUGUGUUUGCGUCUUUGCUGUACAGAAAAUUUUUGUAUUUUACAUGUUUGUUGACCUUGAAUAGUGUACAUAGAAAUGUAAUGCCGUACAUGGAAAAUAAAGCGUAUUAUUUGUA